GAAGACUAAAAAUUGUACAUCUAUUACACCAAAUUAUGAUCACUUAUAUAAUAACCUUCAAACCGUAAAAUCAAUCUUAGGAAGUUCGACAAAGUUGACGUUAGCUGAGAAGAUAUUAUAUUCACAUUUAACAAACCCAGAGGAUUCAUUAUCUGGUUAUAAUUCGAAUAACAUUAGAGGAAAUGCUUAUUUAAAGCUCACACCUGAUAGAGUUGCGAUGCAAGAUGCUUCUGCUCAAAUGGCUUUAUUACAAUUUAUGACAUGUGGAUUAGAAACAACAGCUAUUCCUUCUUCUAUACAUUGUGAUCACCUUAUACAAGCAUAUGAAGGUGCUGAAUCAGAUUUAAAAAGAUCAAUCGUUUCAAAUAAAGAAGUUUUCGAUUUCUUAGAGAGUGCAUCAAAAAAGUAUGGUAUUGAAUUCUGGAAGCCAGGUGCAGGUAUCAUUCAUCAGUUGGUUUUAGAGAAUUAUGCUGCACCUGGUAUGCUCAUGCUUGGUACAGAUUCACAUACACCAAAUGCUGGUGGUAUGGGUAUGUUAGCAAUUGGUGUUGGUGGUGCAGAUGCAGUUGAUGGUAUGUCUGGUACACCAUGGGAAUUAAAAGCACCAAAAGUUAUUGGUGUAAAAUUAACUGGUCAAAUGAAUGGAUGGACAACACCAAAAGAUUUAAUUUUACACUUAGCAGGUAAAUUAACUGUAAAAGGUGGCACAGGAUCUAUAAUUGAAUACUUUGGUCCUGGAUUAGAUAAUCAAUCUUGCACAGGUUUGGCCACCAUGGCCAAUAUGGGUGCGGAAGUUGGUGCAACUACAUCUACAUUCCCAUACUCAAACUCAAUGAGAGAAUACCUUCACGCAACUGCAAGAGGACCAGUUGCAAAAGCGGCUGAUGAAAUUUCAAAGACCGGAUUCUUACAGGCUGAUAAGGAUGCAGAGUAUGACCAAGUUAUUGAAAUCAACCUUUCAGAGUUGGAGCCACACAUUAAUGGUCCAUUCACACCUGACCUUGCAACACCACUUUCAAAGUUUAAACAAAUGGUUCAAGAGAACAACUGGCCUACAAAACUUUCAGCCGGUUUGAUUGGUAGUUGCACAAACUCCAGUUACCAAGAUAUGUCAAGAGUUGAAAGCAUAGCUCAGCAAGCCAAGGCAGCUAACAGAGAGGCUGUUGUACCUUUCAUGGUUACACCUGGAUCUGAGUUGAUUAGAGCAACCAUAGAGAGAGAUGGUGUGCAAUCAACAUUAGAGAGUGUUGGUGCCACAGUUUUAGCUAAUGCAUGUGGUCCAUGUAUUGGUCAAUGGGACAGAAGAGAAGCAAAGAAUGAGGAUAAUGCAAUUCUCACAUCAUUCAACAGAAACUUCAAAGCUAGAAAUGAUGGUAACUUGAAGACGAUGAACUUCUUAGCAAGUCCGGAAAUUGUUACAGCAAUGUCUAUAGCAGGAUCAAUGACAUUCAAUCCAAUGACAGAUAUACUUCCAGCAAGUGGUAACUCUAAGGAGUUAAAGUUUGAACCACCACAUGGUACAUUCUUACCAACUGAAGGUUUUAUUCCAGGUGACACAACAUUCGCACCAGAACCAACACCAGAGCCAAUACCAGAAACACCUGUCCAAAUUAGUCCAUCAAGUACUAGAUUAGAGAUACUUGAACCAUUCAAAUCACACUUUGAAAACCCAGAGGAAGCUGGUGAAUUACCAAAAAUGCAAUGUUUAAUGAGAGUUAGAGGAAAAUGUACAACUGAUCAUAUCUCUGCAGCUGGUCCAUGGUUGAAAUACAAAGGACAUCUUAGCAACAUCUCAGAGAACACCCUUAUGACGGCCGUUAACGAUGAAGAUGGCAAGGUCAACUCAGCAUAUGACUUCCAAGAAAAGACAACAUCAACUAUACCAGAUAUUGCCAAACGCUACAGAGAGCGUCAACAACCAUGGAUGAUCGUCGUCGAUGAGAAUUAUGGUGAAGGUAGUGCACGUGAGCACGCCGCUAUGCAACCUCGUUGGUUAGGUUGCUGCGUUGUACUUGGUAGAUCACUCGCAAGAAUUCAUGAAACAAACAUAAAGAAGCAAGGAUUCGUACCACUCACAUUCAAGAAUAAGGAAGAUUACAACAAGAUUGACGCAGGUGAUCAAGUUGAAACCGUUGGUUUGAAGGGACUCUUUGCAGGUGAUUUGAACACUCCAGUUAGUGUCAAGGUAACCAAAAAGGAUGGAAGUGUUUUAGAUAUUCCAGUAAAUCACACUUUAUCUGUCGAUCAACUCAACUGGGUGAGACACGGUAGUGCACUCAACGCGAUCGCAGCAGCAGCAGCAGCAAAAUAAGUUUUUAAAAUUGACAGGCAUUAUUUUUUUUAUUGGAUUAAUUGUAGAUAAAAGCAUAUAGAAAACAAAAAACAUAAAAUUUUCAUUUCUUCAUAGUAAACUUUUGAUAGCUUGCGGGAGAAAUUUAAUCUGAAGUAGCGGCGUUAGCUUUUUGGCGUAAAUCGUCAGCUGUGAAAGAACCUCUUGGUUGUGUCUUGUUCUUUGAGAAGAGGACAGGACGGAGAACAUUCAAGUAGAGUGUCUUAGCACCCUUUGUUUGUGGGAGCAUGAGCCAAGCAGUGAAUCCGAUCCUACGGGUAUAGUUGUUAGUGAAAUAGUCAAAAAGAGAUGACGUACUUGAAAAGGUAGUAGAAUGGGAAGUAAGUGACGAUAUUUACUAAGCUCUCUGCAAAAGUGAAGAAAGAGAAGACGACAAAGUAGGUGAGCCAUUGGAUGUCAUCGUCAUGGCCAGGUGAUUCAAUAGCAAGGAAAGCGUAGUAAGCUGGUACAGCGAAACCAAUGAGGUUGCUGAUGAAUGAAGCACCCUAAUAAUAAUUAAUAAAGCAGAUAAAAACGCUUCUGC